AAUAAUCUUUCAAAAUUUGACAGUUUCUAAAAUCAUAGCAAAAGUUUUGAAAUAUUUACCAAACAGUGACUGUUUCUUAAUGCAAUGGGCAUCCCUGCGGGCAAUGUAGAAUCAGGCAGGAAGCUCUUCCAGCAAAGAUGCGCCCAGUGUCACACGGUAGAGCAAGGUGGUAAACACAAAUUGGGGCCCAAUUUGCACGGUAUCAUGGGAAGAAAAGCAGGAACAGCCCCUUCGUACACUUACUCGGACGCUAAUAAGAGCAAAGGGGUGACAUGGACGGAAGACACGUUGUUUGAGUACCUGGAAAAUCCGAAGAAGUACAUACCGGGCACCAAGAUGGUGUUUGCGGGAUUGAAAAAGGCGAAUGACAGAGCGGACCUGAUAAGUUACCUUAAAACUAUUUAAGUUUAUGAUAUUUCGUUUGUUAGAAUUGUAAUAUUUAAUUGAAUAAACAUUUGGUAAUUAGUAUAA